CAAAGGGUUAAACUUACUCUGAUAAAGUGUGUCGUUCCUUUACACCUCGAGUCUGCAUUUUGAGAUGGUGUAUGGUACAAGACACCCCCUUCCCGCAAAGACCACCGUGUUUUAAAAGCAGGGACAGGUCAAUGGGGGGCAGUGCGGGAGCCCGGCACAAUUGCGUCUUUUGAGUGGUGGUAAACACUGCCGCCGCCACUUAGAUUUCCCGGAGAAACGACGCAGAGAAGCUGCAGUAACGCAGCUAAGUAUGGCGGGGUUGCAGCCAAAGCAAGCAGCAGCAGAAGCAGCAGCAGCGGCAGCAGGGCACCGGCAGGACGGAGCUGUCAGGGAGCUGCUACCGUCGUCACUUUGCGACAGGACGCCGCCGUUCUCUCGCUUGACACGAGCGAGUUUCACACGCCUGCCAAAUAUCUGCUGAGACCACAGGAAUACGGCUGAAUUAUUUUCCUGGCGCUUAUUACCCAAAGAGACUUGCCGAGUUUAAAAACUUUAAACCUUGACUCAGUUGCACCCCCACAGGACAGCAAGUUCCCUUCUGAAAACCCCCGAGAAAAGACUCUCCUCCAUGGACCAGCUGAAGUCUAAUGAAGAGCAGAGCCUCCCGAUUCGGCUCCUGCGGGACGGCAGCGUUUGUCAUCACAGUCGGCCGACACUCAGUGCCAUGUAACAUGUAGCAUAAGCGGCGCAGUUUAGCACCGCGCAAACCACGCGCUUGACCCAAAACAGUCACUACAUUAAAUAUUAAAUAAUAAACGUGUUCUUUAUUUAUAAAAUGCUGAAGUACGUGACUGGACAGGAACAACAAAGCCACCGCUAUACAAAGUCAGUCUGUUUCUUUUGAAAGAUACUCCAUGCAUAAAGUACACAGUUAUAAAAGGUCAGAUUUGGUCAUGUUACAUUUUUAUUUCGUCACAAAAUCGUAUUAAAAGACAAAUUUUAAUUCGCUGACAAAAUGUUAUAAUAACUGUAGUACUUAAGCGAAAAUGUGCAGCAGCAGGAACGCAACUAAAUAAACAAUCCGAAAUUAACAUGGUGACAUUAAAAAGUGCGCCAUUGGGUUUGAACUAUAUAAACACAUUAUAUUUAAAUGUAAUAGCACAUGUAAGCAAUUACAAAACUACUUCAAGUACAAAACGUUUUUUUUUCUUUUUUUGCCUCUUUGAGGUCGACCAGAAUGCACUGGGCAGCCAGGCUACUCCACGGACUGCAUCCAUGGGAACUUAAGAGAGCAGCAGAACACAGCAUCAGUUACAAAGAAACUGACACGGGGCUUCCUCAACGCAAACUGGACUGCAGAAAAUAAAACUAGUCAACUAAAGGGUUGUGCAUUGAUGUUCAGUUGCCCAGUAUGUUAGAGGGCACAUCCCCAACGUGAAAGCAGGGGUCGUUCCUGCUACUGACACUGGGAGAUGCUUUGUCUGAAUCGCCCCAACAUGCCGCGUGGGUUCCUGUCGCAGUCACCAGGCAGCUUGGCACCUUUACAGCGAGAGGAAGGAGAAUCCUCACCUUUCCCUACACCCAUGUUGGUCUUUGGGGACGCUGCCCCCCGGAGGCCUGUGCAGGAGGAGAAGGGUGCGAUGGUGCCCACAGCUUGUGGCAGCUACGACUUUCAAGGCAGCUUCUAUGCUUGCUCCAUCGCCAGGACCGACCCCCUCCCCCCCCCCCAGCAUGAGUGGGUGUGGCGGGGGCCUCAGUGGGGCUGUUUCCAAGGGCACAAAGGAGGAGGUGGCAGACCGCCGGCAGGAGCGUGAGGAUCCUUCCCAGGGAGACGAAGAGAGGCUGCAGAGUGAGAAGAAUGACAAACUCCUUAUCGACAGCAAGCAGAGUGGCCUGACAUGGGCCCGGGAAGACCCGACGGACCCGUGGCACCAGGACGGACCGGUGCCAUUGACUUUGAUCCGCAGUCCCUGGGAUUACCAGUGGGAGGAGUUGUUGAUCGAGGUGCUGCCGCUGUCAGACAGAAGCCCCAGCCCGCACCCCGCUGAUCUGACCACUGUUGCGCUGAUGGCAAAACUCAUCCAGGUGGCGCUGAAUCUCCUCCCACGUCCGGUUUCAGCCCCCCCGGACACGGUGUGGGUUUACACAGCAGAGCCCCCGGCACCAGCACCGUACCCGAUGCAUGCAAGCGACUUCCUGCUCCACAGUGCAGCUGUCACUGAGGAUCUGGUCAAGUCACUGGAGGGCCUAUGCUACUCUGAGGGCAGGAGAGCCAGUGGGGACCCUGAGAUUCUUCCCAGUAAUCGGACCACCCUGGGGUCCCCGGGCAACAUGAGGCAACUGGACCAGGGGACGGGAUGCAGGAAACGCCAGGGAUCAUCUUUACCCAGCCUACGGAAUGAGACUGAGGGAGGUUACAGGCCAAGUUUGCUUAGAGCAAAUAACCCCGGCAAGGCUACCACCCCAAACACUUAUGGCCUGGAUACACCCAUCAAACCUCGAGUGGCGCAGCCUGCCUUUACGCUCCAGCCAUUAUUGGACCCUGGCUCAUUGCUCCGUGUUCGAGCUCAAAUCUACACACGACUCGGGGGAAGUGAGCCAGAAUCGGAAGACCCAGGACGAAAGGGAUUGUUGCCAUUUCUGUGUCCCAGACCUGUAAGGACCCUCAAGGUCCUAGCUCCCCUGGAUGGAGGGAAUGAGGAGAGGGGGAUGAAGCUGGCAUCCAGGGGUUCUUGUCCUCUAAAACCCAUUGCCUCUUGGCCAACCAGUUCAGCAUCGAGGGAGAGGAAGCAAUGGAGGUCCAAACCCCGGUCAAGAGCACUCCCUGUCAGGAAGGGAGGCAGUGAGGAGAGCAGCUCCAGCAGCCUGAGCAGCCAGGCAUCCUUUGACCUCGAGGAGCAGAGUGAGAUGUUCGGGAUGCCGCUAAAUCAGCAAGAGCAUGAGGAUGCUGGGGAUACGGUCAUGGGGGAGAGCUAUGAGCUCGACCUGCCGCCAUCUUUUAUAGAUGGCUGCAAUACUUCUAGGCCAAAUUUGGGAGCUGGAGCUCCUAGUAAUAACCAAGAUGGAAAUGAGCAGAUCAUGGGUGACAACAUGCAUGUUAUAUAUCACACAGGGUGGAUGGACGACUGCACAGUGAUGCCCAGAGGAGCCGAGACAGAAUCAUCACACAUCGCAACACCAGUUUCUCUUGGGAAGACACAGAAUCACUGUGAUGUUGAUUUAGCUACACGUCGCAGUUUAAGCUGUGAAGAAGAGGCUUGGGGAGAUCCUGAAAAGGCAAAAUAUUCAAAGGUGUUGACAGAGGAUGAUGGUAGAGCUGAUGAGUGGCAUUCAUACCCCAAGGUGCCAGAGAGGAGCAAAGAUUCGCAUGCCACAGCCUGCGAUGAUGAAGCGCGAUUAGCACAUGGCGUUCCAGAGAGCAAGCAACACAUCCGCUCAGUGAACACUGCGCUGAGCACAGGGCAGCUUAACGAAGAGAAUCGCAGACAUUUUACGAUGCUUAAGAACAGAGAUAGAGAUCGAUGUCCCUCCUAUCACACCAAUCAAUCAUUCAAUGUCCUCACUCACAAAGAGCACAAUUCACACAGCAGAAAGAGCAAAAGAAGCACAGUCACACCUUUACAGAAGCCAGCUAAUGCCAGAAGGCCUUCAGAUCUCACUAUUGGUGGCAAGAGUAUCCUGGAAGUUGGUCCACAAGGUGCAAAGGCAAGUGGAAAAAAUACUUUUCUUCCUUCACUGUGGGACAAGCAAGUUGAGCCCCUCAGAAAAAAUGUGACACAAUCCAGCAGUGACAGAGAGAACCUAAUUAGGCUUGAAGGUACAGGUCAAAGGGAACCACUUCAGUUGGAACCCAUGAAGGCCCAGCAGCCCAAGAGGUCUGGGAUACUGAGAGCUCCAAGAGCUAAAUCAGCCAUGGAAUGUGUCACCUACAAUGACAUGUUCCUGGAGAUUAACAGCCAGGGUGAGGGUCCUGCCAUCUACGAAAUGUUUGCCACGCCAGUGUAUGAGAAGCUCAGAGCUUCCUCAUCAUAUCAGAGAGUAGCCUACAGGGAGACGAAGUGUGCCCCAGCCAGGAGAAACCAGGGGCCCAAAAACAACACAUACUUUAAACCCCCAGAGAUCAAGCCACGGGAAUAUCGAAGGGAGAAGUCCAUCUCCACUAAUGCUAAACAGAAGAGGAGAGAGGACAAGGUGCCAAGAGGAAAAUCACACCAGGUGCUGAUCAGUAACACUGAACUAGAAAGUACCAUUUCUGUAUCUGGCCUUGACUGUCAUAUUCAGACGACCAAAGAUGAGAUGAUUUUUUGUGAAGAAGAUAAGAAGAGCAACCCUCGGGUCACACCAGAAGAGCACGUGAGGAAGCAGGCCUUGUCAAUCAUUGAGGAGGUCCUCACCAACUCCCUGGCAGAAACAUCUACCUUUCACUGCACACCUAAGGAUAAAUCUGCUAAUAAGUCAGCAGAAGUUCCCAUCAGACCUCUAAAGGAAUCUUUCAUCCCACAGAUUACAAGUUACUGCUCCCUAAGAACCCACCACAUUGUGCAAGAACCUGAUGAAAAUGGACUCCUGGUGAAAAUUGGUGAAGAGAAGCUUGAAGGAACAGCUCGUAGUGAUGAACCUAGGUCAGUUUCCUUUACAACACAACCUAAAAUCGAUUACUGGACAUCUGGAGACAGUAGCCGAACAGUGGCCCCAGUGUUGGAGUUACUGGAUGCAGCGGAUGAGGGUGCCAUGACAGAUGACCUGUUGCGCUGCCUGGCUGAGGAGCUCAUAUCACUGGAGGAGGGAGAAGAGACAGGUCACCCAGAAACCAGUGACUCCUGCAAGGAAGAAAUUGUCCUUACUUCUCGGAUAAAAAAGGGCGUUACAUCCUUUGGUGGAACGUGCAACAUUUCAGGCUCACGUACAGAUGACACCAUCUUGUGGACAAAAGGAGAAGUGCUGGGAAAAGGUGCUUAUGGAACCGUGUACUGUGGCCUGACCAGCCAUGGUCAGCUGAUUGCAGUAAAGCAGGUGAUGCUAGAUGAUACUGACCCAACCACCGCUAAGAAGGAGUACCAGCACCUCCAGGAUGAAGUAGACCUUCUGAAGAAUCUAUGCCAUGCAAACAUUGUGGGUUUUCUGGGCACGAGCCUCCAGGACAAUGUGGUCAGCAUCUUCAUGGAGUAUGUGCCUGGUGGAUCCAUCGCCAGCAUCCUCCAGCGCUUCGGGCCCUUGCCUGAGAGGGUACUGGCCCUUUAUACACUGCAGAUCCUGCAGGGGGUGGCCUACCUGCAUGCAAACAGGGUCAUCCACCGGGACCUAAAGGGAAACAACGUCAUGCUGAUGCCCACAGGUAUCAUCAAGCUCAUCGACUUUGGCUGUGCAAGGAGAGUCAGCCAGCUGACCCACAGCACUGAUCGCAGCGAGCCCCUCAAGUCGGUGCAUGGCACCCCCUACUGGAUGGCCCCAGAAGUGAUCAACGAGACAGGGCAUGGGAGGAAGUCAGAUGUCUGGAGCGUUGGGUGUACAGUCUUUGAGAUGGCCACAGGAAAGCCCCCACUGGCUAACAUGAACAAGAUGGCAGCGCUCUUCUACAUUGGUGCACGCCAAGGGCUCAUGCCUGCUAUACCAGACAGGUUUUCAAAGGAAGCCCAGGACUUCGUCCAAGCAUGUCUGACCAGGGAUCAGAAGGAGCGGCCGUCGGCACAGCAGCUGCUGGCUCAUCCCUUUGUAUUCCGGCGAAGCAGAGAAGGGGCCCCACAGCCUCAGAGCUGACACAACCACCCUGGGUAUCUGCAGGGCACCAUCAAAGCGGCCCUUCAUCUAAACGCGCCCGCUAAUGAGCUUCAGACUGGCAAAAACACGAGUCUUAACUCUGACAGGUGCCAUAAGAACCAGCUGUCAUUUAGCCAAACGCCACAUUCAUUAACAAAUUAUUAAACCACAAGGCGUGCAUUAAAGCCUUAGGCACUAGCAUUUAGGCAACCGCUCAUCCUGUUUUUUAUUUCUAUGCAAUUUACCAAGUCUCCUAAGUUCAGUUCACAUCAAAGGGUGAAUGUCUAGGACUUUUUUGAGCGGAUUGCUGAACACGGCCAGCGAUCAGUGGCAGGCAGAGUUCAUGCACUGGGACGUCGAUAAAAGCAGCAAAUAAAGCUCUAGCACUUUGAUUAAAAUCAUUUGGUUCCCUUCUUCACAUAUAAGGAAAGACAUUCAGCUGUCAAAAACAAGGACUUUAAAAUAAAAUCCCACAAAACAGUUGUAAGGUAGCAGUAACCUUAAGAUUUAUUUAUAGAAUUUAAAGGGAAAAACCGGAUGUCAAGAUCUGAUCUUCCUCAUUGUUAAAAGCACAGAUGCACCUGCAUUCAAGAUUAAAACACAUGACAGGUCACACACAUUCCGGGCUUCAUUGGGAAGCACGGCGCACAGGAAUCAAGGAGGACUAGAGAGUAACAGAGUGAUCUGUGUGAGGAAACGAGAUGCAUCGUAACAAACCAACCAGUGAAGUAAGACUGCGCAGAACCGUCGACUCCCAUCCCAUUAUUGAUUCUGCUGUUUGAAUAGACAAUAAUCCCACAUAACCAUUAUCAAUUUACAGCGCUGCAUCUAGGCUACUGCAUUAAGCCAAGAGAUUUUAAAAUGCACUUCACAGCAAAGAUUAUGUAAACUUUAUACUUCUACAAUUGUCCAUUUUAAUUCUGAGGCACAGCCUUUGGCAUCCAGCUUGAACAUCUGAGGUCGCGGAGAGGGAGGGGGGAAAUGCACAGAUCUGACGACCUCUGACACGGAAGCUGAUCAACUGGUAGGGUCUGAAUAGUUCGAAUAAAUGAGUAGUGAGCCCCCUACUGGCAGCUAUCCAGAAUAAAGGCUGCAACACGCCACUGGAAUGCCGCAGUGUAAUUCACCUAUGGACUCUUACACCAAGUUACAAGUCUCUUUUAUAUAUUCAUCUAUAUAUCAUCUUCGUUAUAAUUACAA